GCGGCGGUGCGAAAGUCGGAUGUGUGGCGAAUGGUCAUGGCCAGCGCGCGAUAGCAUUGGGUAACAAAAUAUUCGAUGAAUGGUCAAAAACCCGGGUGUCCCGUUUUUUAUUGGAUUGCCUGCAAUGAUGGAUCAAUGCAGUGCCUCGGCCACUCAUCCAACAGGGAUCCUCCAGAGUGUGUGCAUAUGCCCUUGAGUGGGGGAAGAGGCAGGCGAUGUGUGGUGCAAGGCAGAUGGCUGUGAGAUGUCCCAGGAGCGAAAGGACAAGUGGAGGACAGCCCAGAGCGACCAGGGACAACAGUGGACCGGACGAACGGCAUCUGGUGGGUCUUUUGCUGGACAAGGAUGCAUAUUGCAGGCGAGAGCAACAAGACGGAUAUCCAGCCCAGUCGAUCAGGCCCGAGUGUCGAGAUUGGGCAUGUCCGAGCACAUGAUGCUGCUGGCCAGACACAUGCGUGAACCAGCAGAGCCUGGCUGGCUGGAGCCGGACGAAGCAGUCGGAUCGGACACUGCCGCUGCCGUCUUUGACAUCAGCGAGGCAUCCGCGGCGUGGACGCUGGCUGUCGCUGGAUGUCGCUGGCUGUCGCUGGUUGUCGCUGCGGGGGGAGACGAUUGGCGAUCGGGGCGGGCAUGGAUCGCAGCGGCCAGGGCGGAGGACGAUGAUCGGUCGCCAGGGUUUCGUGUGGUUGGGCGGGCGAGCCGUUCAGCCGCACCAAAGGAGAGGAUUGGCGAGGGGUGGGAUUCAGGCCCGGCGUGGUGGGCGACAAUCACCGGCAGAGACCGCAAUCGACACGGCUGGACAUGGGCAGGAGGCGAGGGGGAAGCGACUGAGCACGAUGCGGAUGGAUGCGGUGCUGGAAAGCGACUCCAUGGAAAUGUAAUGCGGCAAAAGCAAGGACUGAGCGGGCAGAGCGGGGCUGUCGCAUGGGUGGGAGUGUCGAGCGAAGGACAAAGAAACUGCAUUAGAGGGGAACGGGGGUGGACAGAGCAAGACGGGCAAAGGACGGCUGUUGUCUGCAGGUUGUUUGCAGGUUGUUUGCAGGUUGUUUGCAGGUUGUUGUUUCCAGAUUGUGCAUAGCACUCGGCGGUAACGACUACUUUAACGACCACUUUAACGAUCGACAGGACAAUCCACACCACACCACACCACACCAGCACUCCAUUGCCCGAGCCGCCCUCCGAAAUCC